AUGUCGGAUGACUACAAAGCAGUUAGAGGUGGCAGUUUGAAGCUUAAAGGAAACAAAAAAGCCUUGUUCAAAGCUGAUAAACCAAAGAAACACAAGUCGAAGAAUGCUGAAGCUAAUAAACCCGAUCCAGACGCGAUUGCUCAUGGUGGUUGGUGGAGAGUUAUUGACGAAGUGGAUCUCAAAGGAGGCGAGCAUGUUUCGUUCGAAUGUGGUAGUGGCAAUAGCUGCUACCUAUCGGCUUUAGACAACGGCCGAUUUACCAUCGGUUUGCCACAUCCGGAAGGCGAAGAACCGAGUCCGGAGGAAAUUUUUGCAGUCGUUAAGACACCUGACGACCCUAAAACAAGUUUCAAAACAGGUUAUGGUAAAUAUAUCGGAGUUGAUUCUAAUGGAGCUUUGGUUGCCACCGCUGAAGCCAUUGGUACACGCGAACGUUUUCAAGUCGUUUUCGAGGAUGGAAAAACCGCUAUACAAGCAGUUUGUAAUCCCUUAUUCUUGACUAUGGCUGUUGAUAAAGAUGGUCUGAUCUAUGUGGCUAGCAAAAAAGCUACUGAAGACGAGAUGGUCAAUAUCAGAACGAAUGCCCAAAAGACAGGACCUGUAGACUGGCGAUCAGCUGAAGACAGAAAAUCGGCCAAGGACUGCUCACAAGCAUAUGUGAAGAUGUAUCAGCACUCAAAAGUCGACACGAAGCUGCGAGCCAUUUCUGAUGACGUCUUCGAAAUGAAAUCCGUAAAGAGAGCGCAGAAAGAUGGAGACUUGCAUGAGACUUUACUUAGAAAGCGAAUUAAGAUGAAAUCAGAUCGAUAUUGUUGA